AUGAUCAGAGCCGGUGGCGGAGGGUCAGAGCCGGAGGUUCGGGGGUCAGAGCCGGAGGAUCAGAGCCGGUGGCUGGAGGAGCCGGAGGAUCAGAGCCGGAGGCUGGAGGAUCAGAGCCGGCCUCAGACGGAGCCCGUGAUCCGGGUCAGGCGCGUCCGGCAGGCAGUCCGGACUCUGCGGACUGCUUCAGACACGGGGAGCUCCCGGAGUCACGGCGCUGUUUCCGGUGAGCGUUUCAAAGUAAGAUACUGCAGAGUCGCUGCCGGAAGUGAAGAACAGCCUCUGGGUUCUUUGGUCCACCAGGGCGGCCGGAACCUGCAGAACACAGAUGGAAGGAAACUUAACCAGAAGCUGGACCUUGACCUGGAACUGGGCGCGGACCUGGAUCUGGACCUGGACCCGGACUUAGACCCGGCCCUAGACCAGAACCUGGAACUGGACCUGAACGGCCUGUGGUCCACUGGUUGCCCCUCCCGCCGUCGGCUGGCCCAUAAAGCCCCGGCCGGCUCUGCUGGACAUCACCGUGGUCACUUCUCCGUCGUCAUGGCCUUCCUGUGGAUCCUGUCCUGCCUCGCCUUCGCCGGCGCCGCCUACGGCUGCGGUGUCCCCGCCACCCCCCCCCAGGUGACCGGACACGCCCGCAUCGUGAACGGCGAGGAGGCCGUGCCUCACUCCUGGCCCUGGCAGGUGUCUCUGCAGCAAUCCAACGGCUUCCACUUCUGUGGAGGGUCCCUGAUCAAUGAGAACUGGGUGGUGACCGCCGCCCACUGCAACGUCAGGACCUACCACCAGGUUGUGGCUGGAGAGCACAACAAGGGCUACGGCUCCAAUGAGGACGUCCAGGUUAUCAAGCCCGCCAAGGUGUUCACCCACCCCAAGUGGAACGCCUACACCAUCAACAACGACAUCGCCCUCAUCAAGCUGUCCACGCCCGCCCGUCUGGGCACCAACGUUUCUCCCGUCUGCCUCGCCGAGGCCGCCGACAACUUCCCCGCCGGCAUGACCUGCGUCACCUCAGGCUGGGGUCUGACCCACUACGCCGCUCCCAAUACUCCCAACAACCUGCAGCAGGCAGCUCUGCCCCUGCUCCAGCAGUGUUUUUACCACUCGGGGCUGAGCAGAGCGACGCCCUGGUUGGUGGACGACGCCAUAGGUGUGGCGCCGUUUUCCCGCCAUUUCCUGGUGGGAUCCAGGUCUCUGUUAGCCCGGGGCCGCCCCACAGACCUACAGAGAGGCGGACUGGUUGUGGACGCUGGUGUGUGA